AAAUAAACAAUGAUUGUAAAUCGUGUGCACGGCUCUGUUGGACGAUAUUUGACUUCUAUUUUACCUGUAUCGUGAUAGAUAUAUUGUUUCUCUUAUGCACACGUGUUGAAUUGAUGAUGCAAUAGCGGGAUAAUGCAUUUUAGUCUGGAAAAUUUCGGUGAAAAUUGCGGGUAGUUGGUUCGUCGAGUAACAUGUUUUAGGAAAUUCGGAGUCCGGAGCAUGAUGAUGAUGAGAUGGGAGAUGAGAGCGUACAACAGGAGUGUCUUGAGACAUUCGCCAGCCGGGACUACAUCAUGGAGCCAGGGGUCUUCCUCAUGCUGAAAACGUUCCUUCAGGCCGGAGGGUCGCCGGAGAAGGUGGUGGAACUGCUGUCAGACAACUAUACAGGCGUGGCCCAGACUGUCAACCUCCUGGCAGAGUGGAUGAUUCAGGCUGGUGUUGACAUCAAGGAGGUCCAGGAGAUGGUGGAGAGUCACCUGAAGGAGAUGAUCAUCCGAACAUUUGACCCGAAGAAGGCUGACUCUAUCUUCUCUGAUGAGGGAGAGACGCCCAGUUGGCUUGCAGAGAUGAUUCUGUUUCCAACGUGGAGAGAGCUGUUCUACCGGCUAGCAGAGGAGUACCCGGACUGUCUCAUGUUGAACUUUACCAUUAAGCUGAUCUCGGACGCCGGCUUCCAGGGAGAGAUCACUUCAGUGUCGACAGCGUGUCACCAGAUUGAGGUGUUCUCCCGCGUCCUUCGAACAUCCAUUACUUCCUUCCUAGAGGGUGGCGUUGAAGUCAUGGAAAAAAACCUGCCAGAGUUCACUAAGAUGGUGUGUCACGGUGAGCACACAUACCUGUACAGCCAGGUGAUGAUGAACAUUCUGGCCCAGGAACCAAAGGGAGGCUCCAACAUACGGCGCAUAUGCCAGGAGCUACAGAAAUGUGCUAACCAGAGGGGCCUGGAUGUUACUCCCAUCACCUUGGCCCUGAGUGGGGCGGCCGCCUACCCCCGGGCCUGCCAGGCUCUGUCAUCCAUGCUCUCCAAGAAGGCACUCAACCCUGCAGAUAUCACCAUUUUGUACAAGAUGUACUCAGACAACCAGUACCCACCACCACCAGUUGAUCUCAUCAGGGUACCAGCUUUUCUUGAUCUGUUGAUAGAAUCUCUGUUCAAGACGAGCUCCCGUUUGAACCAGGAGCACAAGAGCAAGUACAUGUACCUGCUCUCAUACGCUGCCAGUGUUACAGAGACAUACAAAAAGGGUAUUCGUAAGCAUAUAGAGAAGAAGGAGUUGAAACCGACCACGCAGGCCCUGGAGAAGGUACAGGCGCUGUGUGCCCAGAAUAAGAACGCCUCCGAACUCUUGGUAGACGUGUCCACACUCUUUCAGUGCAUCAAGUUCCCAGUCAUAGCUAUUGGUGUGCUUGCGUGGGUGGAUGAGAUAUUGUCAGACAAGAGUUACUUUAAGCUAAACACCGACCACACCCCGUUGCACCUGGUCCUCGUGGAUGAGAUCGUCACCAAUCAUCUGCUGUUACAUCAGAAGGCCCUUGACCUCCUUGUGAGGCUGUUUGAGUCCAGCUUUGAUGAGCUUGAUGUUAUGGUCAGGUUGGAGCUGAAGAAAACUGUGCUGGACCGUAUGGUUCACCUGUUCAGCUGUGGGUGCGUUCUGCCAGUGGUCAACUAUAUCCGGGAAUGCCACGCCCGACAGGACACAGACAUCUCACUCAUCAGACACUUUGUAUCAGAGGUUCUUGAUGUGAUAGCCCCGCCAUACACCCAGGAGUUUGUGAAUCUCUUUCUCCCGCUGAUAGAGAAUGAUGGCAUUACUGGAAAGCUGCGCUCUGACGAUGGAAAUGAUCCUGUCUCUGAAUUCAUUUGUCACUGUAAAGCCAACUAUGCGGGAACUUGAUAGGCUGGACCUUCACCUGGACUGGGACAUUUCAACGAAAAAAGGGGAUCUGUGUUACUGUUAAAAUGCAGAAGAACUAAUGUGACUAGUGGAACUGCUUUAAUGGUCCUGAUGUGCUGGCACAACCAUGGAUCUGAUAGUGGACGUUUGCUCAAAAGUGCAGCUUUGCUAUCAUACAACAUACUUACAUGUAGAAACGUCUGUUGAAAAUAAGAGUUACCAAGAACCGAAUUUAAAUCAAUAACAAAAUUAUGUAUACACAAUUUCCAGUUCUAAAAAAAAAUGACAAGUUGACUGGCAUUUUUAAUCGAUCUUGCACUCUCGUUAUUUAUUUGUAUGUUCAUAUUGGCGGGUCUGUAAUGGAUAACCAGGCAGUAACCAAAAAGCUGGCCAUAUUGUAACCAAUAUGUACAAAUGGCCACUUAAAAUUAAGGGACAUACAUAGAUACAUGUAAUAAAUUGAACAUUUUGGUAGAAAAGUUUAUGCCAUAUUGCAAAAUGUACCAGAAAACAUUCAAUAAAACUCAAGAAUCAUU